AUGCCUCAUAAGCUGAGAUAUUCCUACGGCCAGCCGUUCGUUUACCGGGACUGCCAGGGUGAACAAGAGACUGUCUUCUGGGGUACUAUGACGAGAGAUCGUUUCCUUUGUCCUGCUAAGAUGAGCGCGGAAAAGCUUUACACGCUCAACUGCCUCGCCGAGAUGCCAGUUGAGGGGAAAUGGUAUGGCUGUGCGGUGUAG